UAAGAGCGUAUGUUUAAUUUUUAGGACCCCUCUGCAUCUCGCUGCGGCAAAUGGCCAUGCAGAUGUCGUUCGAUAUCUGAUGAGAAAGAACAGCCAGCCGAACCUCGCUGACAGCUUCAAGAGAACAGCACUGAUGAAGGCAGUACAGCAGGAGCAGGAAGAAUGUGUUGCUGUUCUGCUGGAACACGGUGCCGACCCGAAUCUGGCAGAUGCUGACGGCAACACUGCCCUUCACCUGGCUGUGCUGUCUAAAAAUACAGCUGUAGCAGGGCUGUUACUCCAGCAUAAUGCCAAGAGUGAUGCUCAGAACCAGUGGGGAUUUACCCCCUUAAAACUUGCAGCCUUCCUCCAGCAUGAGGAGAUUCUGCAGUGCCUUCUGACCAAAGCAGCUGACAGGCAUGCUCAAGCUGAGCCUGAGAGGUGAGGGGUUUGUCAAACCAGCACCCAGGUCUUCUCAGUAGUCUGAAAGUGGGACUGAGAGGAGGGGCAUGGCAAUGGGCUUGGGAAAAGAAGGAGGAGCCACGUGGAAGCUGUUCCCUGUGUGACUGGUGAAAGCAGGUCUGCACUUGGCUGCUCUCAUAGCUUAGGGGCUCGUCCUUUGCCCUCUGAGGUCUGCAAGAAAGCCUUGUGUGUGGUGCCCUCUCCCCACACAGCCCCAGAGCCAGUGGGACACUUGCCAUGAGCUCAGCAGCCGGGCUGCUCUGCAGGACAGGGAGGUUCAAGCCAAGGCACAGUUGGGGCAUUGAGUGCUCUGAAGGGAAGCCUUGGCAGAAAGAGAAGCAACACUGUCCGAGGGGACACGAGGGGCUGACACCGCACCU